AUGGCAAAGACAAUUGAGAAUGACGAAAAACGUUUUGAUUUUAUGCGAAGGCAAGUAAAUUCUCUUGAAGAUUGUAUGAAGGAUGGUCCAGAAAAAUGGAAAACAAUUAGAUCUCUGGUUAUUUCGUCCUUAAAACAUUUUAUUCGGAAAAACUAUAAAAGUGAUCCCCGAAUGCUUGAUUUUUGGUAUCUUAUGGUAAAUAAAAAAUUUUUCAAAUUAAUUUUUUGA